AUGGAACCAAUGAAUGAUACAAAAAUUUUAGAAUUUCUUCUUCUGGGAUUUUCAGAGGAACCAGAAAUACAACCCCUAAUAUUUGGACUCUUCCUCUCCAUGUACCUGAUCACUGUGUGUGGAAACCUGCUCAUCAUCUUGGCCACCAUCUCAGAUUUCCACCUGCACACCCCCAUGUACUUCUUCCUCUCCAACCUGUCCCUUGCUGACAUCGGUCUUACUUCCACCACCGUCCCAAAGAUGCUGGUGAACAUCCAGACUCAGAGCAAGGUCAUCACCUAUGCAGGCUGCAUCACCCAGGUGUAUUUUUUCCCUUUCUUUAUAGUGUUGGAUGACUUCCUCCUGGCGGUGAUGGCCUAUGACAGAUACAUGGCCAUCUGUCAACCCCUGCACUACUCUGUCAUCAUGAACCCCUGGUUCUGUGGACAACUGGCUCUGGCAUCCUGGAUCAUAGCUGCCCUGCAUGCAUUAUUACAUAGCCUAAUGGCAUUGCGGCUGUCCUUCUGUACUCGUGUAGAAGUCCCCCACUUCUACUGUGAUCUCAGUAAGCUGUUUCAUUUUGCCUGCUCUGAUGCCUUUAUUAAUGACAUGGUAAUGUAUUUGACAUCUGUGCUGUUUGGUGGUGGUCCACUCUCUGGGAUCAUUUAUUCAUACUAUAAAAUAGUUUCCUCCAUUCGUGGAAUCCCAUCAGCUCAGGGGAAGCACAAAGCAUUUUCCACCUGUGCCUCUCACCUCUCAGUUGUCUCCUUAUUUUACUGCACAGGCAUGGGUGUGUAUCUUAGUUCUGCUGCUACUCACAGCUCACGCUCAAGUGCAAGAGCUUCAGUGAUGUACACUGUGGUCACACCCAUGCUGAACCCCUUCAUCUACAGUCUGAGGAAUAAAGACAUAAAGAAGGCCCUGCAAGGAUUAUUUGGGGGAAAGCUAUAA